AUGGUUCUUCGACCUAACCCCUUUGAGGAAGCGCGAGGAGAAUUUGAAUGGUGCGGUCAGAAUCCACAGAAAGAAGUAUGUUGCUCGGGUAAAAAAUUUCCACGUGUUGGUGAAAAAACAUGUUGUUGUGGAGAUGAAGGAACUUUUGAUCCAACAAAUCUCAUCUGCUGUGAUGGAAAAAUCCAACCGAGGCCACCUAGACUACAGGAUUCAGACUGUUGCAAGUGUGGGAUGUCAAAAGCCGAUGUGGUUUUCCUCGUGGAUUCCUCGGAGAGUCUGGAUGAAGAGCAAUUUGAAAGGAUAAAAGAUUUCAUGAUGCAAAUCGCAGGUCAGACGGACGGUAAAGACACAGUGCGCAUUGGCAGCGUCAGAUACAAUCAUUUUACAUACCCCAAUUUCUACCUGGAUGAAUAUAAAAAACCAGAUCAACUAGUUGAUGCUAUAGCCAAGAUCCAGUACACCCCUGGAAGUACAGAUACUGGUGCCGGAAUAAAAACUGUCCGGGAGCAAAUGUUCGUACCGAAGAAAGGAGAUAGACCAACUGUUCCGAAUAUUUUGAUUAUAAUGACAGAUGGCGCUUCCGACUAUCCCGCUGUGACAGCAGAAGAAGCCCACCUUGCUAAAGACAAAGGCAUAAGGAUAAUUGUCAUUGGUAUAGGUGCAUUUGUAAACAAAACUGAAUUGAAUAUCAUGGCAUCGGAUCCAACCAAAGAUAACGUAUUUGAGGCCAAGAAUUUUGACGCCGCCCUUGACAACACUGUAGACAAAAUAUUCGCCACGACUUGUUCAGACAAACCUAAAACACCAGUUGAUAAAUUCCUUUGUGGCAAAACACUUUACGAUCCAACAACACAAAUGUGCUGCGGAUCAACCGUUUACCCUCUGGUUGGGGGAGCGGCCACUAAAUGUUGCGGUGACGAAGUGUACGAUGAUAAAACCUAUAUCUGCUGCAAAGAUCAACUCCAGCCGAGGUUUGCUGGCAAGUUCACUGAAUGCUGCUGUUACGAGUCUUACGACACUAGAGACUCCAUUUGUUGUGACAGCGUGGUUCAGCCGCUAAUUCCUGAACAGGACACUGGUUGUUGCGGAAACGUUAGUUACAACCAAAAGGAACGGUUUUGUUGUGACGGUACUCUGUUCCCUCCAAACUAUCAUCCUAACUGUUAUGACUGCAAAGACGGAUACGCUGUUCCUAACUUUGACGAGGAGAAGAAGGUAUGUUGUGGUGGUAAAUUAUUUCCUGCUGUCAAUGGAAACUUGACAUGUUGCUGCGGACAGAAACCUUUUAACUCUGGAAAACAAAUUUGCUGUGGAAACAGAAUACAAGACAGGAAUGGCGGCGAGGUUGCCACUUGUUGCGGGUCCGACAAUUUCAAUCCAGCAAAAGAUUUGUGUUGUAACGGAAAUGUUCAACCUCUUAAAGCUGGGAAAGCAACGAACUGUUGUGGUAAAAGGAGUUAUGACCCAAAAUCCGAGCUCUGCUGUGAUGACAGCUCUGUAGUCGUGAAGGACAAACCUACUGACACAUGUUGUUGUGGUAACACAAGUUAUACUACGUCACAAAUGAUUUGUUGCGAUGGUAAGAGGCAGACAUUGUACAAGAGAGGUACUCAGUGCUGUGGAACAUCAAGCUUUGACUCUUCCAACUUCAUUUGCUGCGAUGGAUCAGUGCAGAAAAUUGUAGGAAAAUUGGAAACUCGCUGUUGUGGUAAGAAAAGUUAUGAUGCUAAGAAACAAAUGUGUUGCGAAAACAAUGUCGUCAACAAAAGAAACGGCGCAGAUGACACAUGUUGUGGUAAUACAACCUUUGAUUCAAAGACAGAAGUAUGUUAUCUUGGCGUUCCAGGAAAAUUGUAUGGCUCAGGAACACGAUUUUGUGGCACACAAUCUUAUGACGUCAUGACCGCCAUUUGUUGUGGAGGAAAAGUGUACAGUUCUGUGGGAAAUAAAGCUUUUGACAGCUGCUGUGCAAACGUACCAUUCAACUCAGCUUCACAAAUUUGUUGCGACAAUAAAAUCAGAAAACUAAGCGAACCCGGCGAUGACUGCUGUUGUGGAGAAAAGGGAACUUACAACGCUUUAAUGCAGAUCUGUUGUGACGGCAAAGCUCAAAAACGAGUCGCUGGAGCGAAUACACAGUGCUGCGCUCAGACAAGCUUUGAUCCAGAAAAAAUGGUUUGUUGCAAUGGGAAACUGUCUGUAAAAGCUAAUGAUGGCGACAACUGGUGUUGUGGUAAAACUACAAUGGAUACAAAUAAAAUGAUAUGUUGCUCUGGUAAACCACAGGAUCUUUUUAAAGGAGAAACAGCAUGUUGUCGAGAUAAAAGCUACGAUACGACAAAACAGGUUUGCUGUGACGAUGGCAAAAUCCAAGAGAAGAAGAAUCCGAAAGAUGAUUUCUGCUGUGGAAAAACUUCCUUCGAUCUGGAAACAGAAAUUUGCUGUGAAGGAGUACCACAAACUGUACCAGACCCUGAAUUCGGCCGAUGUUGUGGCAAUCAAGGGUAUGAUUCUAGAAAGGAAAUGUGUUGCAACGGAAAGCCUACUCCAAAAGUUAAUAAAGACGAUAAUUGUUGCUGCGGAAAAACAACAAUGAACACAGAAAAACAAAUAUGUUGUGAAGGCGUCCCACAAGACUUAGUUGGGGGUGAAUUUACGAUGUGUUGUGGCCCUGUAAGUUUUGAUUCUAGAAAGUUCUUGUGUGUGAAUGGCGAGCUGAGAAAGAAGAGAAACAAAGAUGAUAACUGGAUCUGCGGUGAUACCACAAUGAACACAGCAACUGAAGUUUGUUGUAUGGGACAGCCUAGAAUUAAGAAAGGAGCAGAUACAAAAUGUUGCAAAGAUCAGAGUUAUGACGGUUCUCAGCAUGUUUGCUGUGACGGAGACACACUUGUUAAGAAACAAAACAAAGACGAUAACUGCUGUUGCGGUAAAACCACAUUUAAUACAAAUACCCAGGUAUGUUGCUUAGGUAAACCUCAAAAGCUGUACGGAAAAGAUACAACAAAAUGUUGCGGCGAUGAAAGUUAUGAUGCUGAUGAUCAAGUUUGCUGUCCAGAUAACACGGUCUUUAAAAAGAACAACAAGGGAGAUGACACGUGUUGCGGAAAAACAACAAUUAACUCCAAGUCACAAAUUUGCUGCCAAGGUGUUCCAAAUAAGAGCUAUGGUGAUAUGAGUGCCUGUUGUGGAAACAAGAGCUACGACACAACAACACACAUGUGUUGCGAAGGCAGAAUAACUAAAAAAGCAAACAAAAAUGAUGAUAGUUGUUGUGGUGAUACAACUAUGGACUCGAAAACUCAAAUUUGCUGCGAGGGAGGUCCAAUGAAAUCUUAUGGACCGCUUACACGGUGCUGCGGAAAACAUAGUUAUGAUCCAACAAAAGAGCUUUGUUGCGUUGGAGACAAAAUAAUCAAGAAGAGCGACAAGAAUGAUAACUGUUGUUGUAAUGAUAAACCAAUGAACACAGAGACUGAAAUUUGCUGCGAAAAUACUGUACAGCCAGCCCCUGCUGGAGCACAGAAAACUAAAUGUUGCGGAAAGUUGAGUUAUAAUCCUGAAUCUGAAAUGUGCUGCAAUGGUAAAGUUACAAAGAAAGGUAGCAACGAUGACGAUUGUUGUUGUGGUAAAACAACUUUCAAUACCGAAAAAGAGGUUUGUUGUCAAGGAACCACUCCACAAAAGUUGUAUGACGGACCAACACUAUGCUGCGGUGAGGUCAGUUAUGAUACAACAAAAUUCCUAUGUCGAGAUGGUGGGCUUAUUAAAAAACGAUCGUCUGAAGAUGACAGAUACUGUGGAGACACAACUCUGAAUUCAAAAAAAGAAAUAUGUUGCGACGGAAACCCGAGUAAAUUAUACAAAAACACCGAUUGUUGCGGAAGUAAAAGUUACGAUACAGAUGCAGAAGUUUGUUGUGAUAACCAAGAAAUAAGAAAGAAAACAGACAAUGGAGACGAUUUCUGUUGCGGAAAAAUGACCGGAAACUCUAAGAAAGACAUGUGCUGUGACGGCAUGGCUCAGCCAAUCAAAAAUGGAGACCUUUCACAGUGCUGCGGAAAAGUUUCAUAUGACUCGGAAUCUCAAAUUUGUUGCGAAGGAUCUGUAAGAAAGAAGGCACGUAAAGGUGAUAAUUGUUGUUGUGGCAAUACCACUAUUAAUACAGCAGAACAAGUCUGUUGCAAUGGUGUGCCCCAACCUUUAGAAAAGGGCAUUGAGACCAAAUGUUGUGGACCAAAGAGUUUUAAUCCCGACGAAUUCGUUUGUUGCGAUGGCACAACGCUAACAAAGAAGCGUAACAAGAACGAUAACUGGUGCUGUGGAAGUAGCACUAUAGACAUGACGAAGGAAAUUUGUUGUGAUGGAAAUCCAGAUGACAAGAAAGGUGGAGAUGCGGCAGGAUGUUGUGGAAAUGCAAGUUACGACCAAACAAAGAGUGUAUGCUGUGAUAAUAAAAUAGUGAAGAAGAAGAAUGGCAAGGACGAUGGUUGCUGUGGAAAAACAACGAUAAAUGUCAAUGAUGAAAUAUGCUGCGAAGGGAAGCCACAAGAACGACUUGGGGGAAAUAAAUUCACAGCAUGUUGUGGUGACGAGAGUUACGAUACAAGAAAGUCUGUUUGCUGUGACCAUAAAGUUAGAAGUAAGGCUAAUGGGGACGACAACUCCUGUUGUGGAAAGACAACAUUCAACGCAGUAAAACAGCUCUGUUGUGAUGGCAAACCAGGUAAUAAAAAUGGGAAAAUGCCAAAAUGUUGCGGUGACAGUACAUAUGAUGCUGCGGCAGAAAUGUGUUGUGACGGUGCUAUUCGUGAAAAGAGAGGUAAAAGCGAUGAUUGUUGUUGUGGAAAUACAACAAUGAGCUCUACGACAGAGGUUUGUUGCUUAGAUAAUCCUCAACCUGCACCUGGCGGAGCGUUCUACAGAUGUUGCGGAAAAACAAGCUAUAAUCCAGAAACUCACGUCUGUUGUAAUACAGAUAAACCACAGAAGAAACGGAACAAUAAGGAUAACUGGUGUUGUGGAGAAACGACGUUUGAUUCAUUUAGCGAGGUAUGUUGCCAAGGUACAACACCACAACCAAUGCGCGGUGAAAAUACUAAAUGUUGUGGUCUGACGAGCUACAAUCCCGAGGAAACACUGUGUUGUGAUGGAAAAAUGGUCAAAAAGCGAGAUCCUAAAGAUGACUGUUGCUGUGGGGACACGACAAUAAACACACAGAAAGAAAUUUGUUGCGCUGGAAAACCACAAACUGGAGGAGCAAAUUCUGACUGCUGUGGAAAAGAAAGCUUUGAUGUAAGGAAGGAAAUAUGCUGUGGAGGUAGUGUUAGAGGAAAGAAGAAUGACGCUGACGACUGUUGUUGUGGUGAUACAACAAUUCAAGCUAAAACGGAAUUGUGUUGCAACGAUGUCCCACAAAGGCUUAAGAAUGGUGGAUUGACAAAAUGCUGCGGAAAUGUAAGCUACGAUUCAGAGACUGAAAUAUGUUACGAAAACGAAGUUAGAAAGAAGAGGAAUAAGAAAGAUAACUGGGUCUGUGGUGACACUACAGUAGAUACUACCACAGAAUUAUGUUGCAAUGGAAAUCCUCAGAAUGCUGUAGCCGGUGAAAAUACUCGAUGCUGCGGACAGAAUGGAUACGAUCCAAGUAAAUUUGUAUGUUGUGAUGGGAAUAAUCUGGUGAAAAAGAGGAACAAAGAUGACAACUGUUGUUGUGGAAAUACAACGUAUAAUACGGAAAUGGAAUUUUGUUGUCUUGGAAACCCGGGUAAAAACUAUGGCCCAAACACUCUUUGUUGCGGUGAUGAGAGUUAUGACGGUAGUAAAUUUAUUUGUUGUGAAGGGAAACUAGUACAAAAAAGGAAUCCGUCAGACGAUUGCUGUUGUGGAAAAACUACAAUGGAUGCUUCCACGGAAACCUGUUGUGAUGGAAACCCCCAACCUCUCUCUGGAGGUCAACAAUAUACCACAUGUUGCGGUGAUCAGAGCGUAAACACGAUUAAGGAAAUGUGUUGCAACGGUAUUGUCAUUAAAAAAGCAAAACAGAAUGAUGACUGUUGCUGUGGAAAUACAACCGUUGAUGCCAUUAAUAGCAUCUGUUGCAAUGGAAUAAAUCCACAGCCACGAUAUGGUAAAAACACGAAAUGCUGUGGUGAUAUCAGUUUUGAUCCAGCUAAAAUGGUUUGCACAGACAAAGAAGUACUUGUGGAAAAGCGAAAUCCCGAUGACAACUGGAGUUGUGGAAAAACAACAAUGGACACUAGAACUGAAGUGUGUUGUAUAGAUACACCCGUACCAAAAAAAGGAAAGACAACAAGAUGUUGCAAGAAAGCCAGUUACGAUGCGUCCUCAGAGGUGUGCUGCGACAAUGGAGUAAGAACAAAAACUAGCAAGGAUGAUACAUGUUGCUGUGGAACGGAUAAGACUUUUAAUCCAGAGGAAGAAGUAUGUUGUGAAGGAACAACACCACAGCCAAGAAAAGGUGGGGAAAACACUAAAUGCUGUGGCGUAACAAGUUAUAAUCCUGCUGAAUAUAUCUGCUAUGAAGGAAAAUUAAUAGCCAAAAAGAAUGCCGGAGACGAUGCUGUUUGUGGAAACACUUCAAUGGACACAUCUUCUGAAAUUUGCUGCUAUGGUAUUCCUAGAAAAAGGACUGGCGGUGUUUUGUCUGAGUGUUGUGAGGACAAGAGUUUCAAUAUGGCGACGGAAAUAUGCUGUGAUGGUAAGAUCCGUAAAAAGAGGGAUGAGGAGGAUGAUUGUUGUUGCGGAGAUACAACAAUGAAUGCGAAUACUGAUAUAUGUUGUGACGGAGUUCCACAGCCAAUAACGAAAAAAGGAAACUGGAAUUGUUGCGGGACUAAAGCAUACAAUAACGAUGAAGAAGUGUGUUGCGAUAUGACAAUCAAUAAGAAGAAAGACAAAAACGAUGAUUGGUGUUGUGGCAAUACGACUAUGAACACCAAAGAAGACGUAUGUUGCAACGGUGUACCAAAUAAAGCGUAUGGUAAAAGAACAAGAUGUUGCCUUGACGUCAGCUACGAUAGGGAUGUUUUCAUGUGUUGCGAUGGAGACGAUCUAGUCAACAAAAGAGACAAGAACGACAAUUGCUGUUGUGGAAAAACAACACUUAAUACAGAAACUGAAAUAUGUUGUGAGGGUGUACCUCAGCCUAGUUACGGAGACAGCACGAGGUGCUGUCACAAGCAAAGUUAUGAUUCCGAUAAAUUCCUAUGCUGUCCAUAUGGUAAAAUGGCAAUUAUACCAAAACAAUCAAAGAUGGAUGACUUUUGUUGUGGUAAUUCAACACUUAAUGCUAGGAAACAAAUUUGCUGCGAUGAAACUCCGCAAAAUCUCGUAGGUGGUGAGGAAAUGACAUCAUGUUGCAGAAAGGAAAGCUAUAACAUGGAAAAGGAACUUUGUUGUGACGGACUCGUGAGACAAAAGGCUAAGAAAGAAGAUGACGUAUGCUGUGGGGAAACAUCUCUGAAUGCGCAAACACAAGUUUGCUGCCUUGGUGUACCACAAAAAUCUUAUGGCGAACUUACUGACUGCUGUUUAGACGUCAGUUUUGAUCCAAACAAACAAGUUUGCUGCGAUAAUAAAGUUAUUGAUAAGUCGGAUGAUACUGACAACUGGUGUUGUGGAAAGACAUCAAUGAAUACAAACAAUGAAAUAUGUUGUGAUGGUAAAUUUGUCCAGCCAGCAAAAGGCGGAAGAAAUGCAAGAUGUUGUGGUAAAGAUAGUUAUAAUUCUGAAACAGAAAUGUGUUGCGAUAAUACAAUCAUACCAAAAGCAGGAAAAGGAGACAACUGCUGUUGCGGAAACACGACUUUUAACACCGAAACAGAAGUUUGUUGUGGGGGAGUUAUGCCACAGCCGAAAAAGGGACCAAAUACACAGUGUUGCGAUCUGGUGAGCUAUAAUCCAGAUGAACAAUUGUGUUUUGAUGGAAAAUUGUAUGACAAAAAGGAUAAAAACGACGACGGUAGGUGUGGCUCUACAACUCUCAACACAAAGAAAGAAAUUUGCUGUCAGGGCAAGCCAAGACCUGGAGCACUGGAUUCUUCAGACUGUUGUGAAGACAAAUCGUACUCGCUGAUGAAUGAAGUUUGCUGUGAAGGUAGGAUUAGAGCAAAGAAAGAUUCACAAGACGAUACGUGCUGUGGAAAUACCACAGUAAAUGCAAAGAAGGAAAUAUGCUGUGACGGUGUUCCUCAACCAGCAAAUAAUGAUAUGUGGAAAUGUUGUGGUAGCAACAGUUAUGAUGAAGGAAACUUUCUCUGUUGCGACUUAAAGAUAACAAAGAAAAGAAGCACAAGCGAUAAUUGUUGCUGUGGUAAGACAACAUUUGAUAACAGAAAAGAAGUAUGCUGUAUAGACGAACCCCAACAAUCGUAUGGAGAUGAUACUCGAUGUUGUGUCCGUACAAGUUACGAUCCAGAGAAAUCAAUUUGUUGUGAUAAUGUUGUUUUUAAGAAGUCGGAUAAAGAAGACAACGGAUGUUGUGGUAACAAGUCAAUAAAUACGAACAACGAAAUUUGCUGUGAGGGUGUGUAUGUAGAGCCAGCCAAGGGAGGUAAUAAUGCAAGAUGUUGUGGUAAAAAUAGUUAUGAUUCUGAAAAUGAACUUUGUUGUGAAAUGAAAAUUACAGAAAAGAAAAAUAAAAAAGACAACUGGUGUUGUGGCAAAACAACAUUUAACACGGAAAACGAAAUGUGUUGCGACGGUGUAAUGCCUCAGACAAGAUACGGACCGAAUUCUCAGUGCUGCGGGCAAGUUAGCUUUGAUCCAGAUAAGCACUUAUGUUGUGACGGUAAACUAGUUGAAAAAGUCAAUGAAAAUGACGAUUGCUGUUGUGGAAAGACGACAAUAAAUUCCCAGAAGCAAAUUUGCUGUGAUGAAACACCCCAGCCAGGUACAAUGGAAAGUCAUGGCUGUUGCAUGAACAUGAGUUACAGUUUUGAAAAUGAGGUGUGUUGUGAUGCUAGUAUUAGGAAAAAACGUGAUAACAGCGACGACUUCUGUUGUGGUGAGACUACCCUUGACACAUCUAAAGAAAUAUGUUGUGGUGGAAAACCGCAACCUGCGCUUGGUGGGCGUUUCGCUAAAUGCUGUGGUAAAAAAAGCUAUAAUUCGAAAACUCACAUUUGCGCACAAAAUGAUGGAAGGAUUGUCGAAAAAGCGAAUGAAGGAGAUAACUGGAUUUGUGGAGAAACAACAUACAAUACAAAGACCAUGGUGUGUUGUAUUGAUACCCCGCAAGAGUCAUUCGGACAAGGGACAAGAUGUUGCGUUAGAAACAGUUAUGAUCCAGUUAAAUCUAAAUGUUGUAAUGGUACCGAUAUAAUAACAAAGACUACCAGAAAAGACGACUUGUGUUGCGGCAAAGCAACCUUAAACUCCGAUAAUCAAAUUUGCUGCGAAGGAGAAGUUAGAGAUAAGGUAGGUGGUGAGAGAACGAGAUGUUGUCAUAUGGAACCGUACGACCCUAACGUAUUUUUCUGCGAUUUUAAGAAUUUAAUGAAGAAAAGAAACAAAGACGACAACUGUGUAUGCGGUGAAACAACGUUUAAUACAGCAACAGAAAUUUGCUGUGAAGGUGUUCCGAGAAAGUUAGUCGGAGGGGCUCUUACCGCUUGCUGCGGAAACAAAAGUUAUUCAAUUGAAGAAGAAGUAUGUUAUAAUGGUGAGGUAAGAAAAAAGAAUAAGGCAGGAGAUGAUGCGUUCUGUGGAAAAUUUACAAUGGACACGAAUACACAAGUAUGUUGCGAUAGCAAACCACAAGACGCUGUGGCUGGUGCUGCAACACGAUGUUGUGAAGAUGCUAGUUUCGAUCCAUCAACCCAUAUAUGUUGUGAGGAUGGUGUUCGAAAAUUAAAAAAUAAAGACGACAAUUGCUGUUGUGGUGAUACGACUUUUAAUACAAAUACGAUGAUAUGUUGUGAUGGUUCUGUACCACAAGAAGCAAAGGGUGGUGACAGAGCAAGAUGUUGCGGCAAAAAGAGUUUCGAUUCUCUCAGUUUUAUGUGUUGUGAUAUGGUUAUAACAAAGAAAACAGAUAACAAGGAUAACAUUUGCUGUGGAAAUACAACCAUGAACUCCAAAUCACAAGUUUGUUGUGCGGGAAUGUAUCCUAGACAACGAAAAGGAGGUGAUGAUACGUUAUGUUGUGGUGACGAAAGUUUUGAUUCAAAGACACACCUGUGUUGUGAAGGCAAGCUGGUGAAGAAAGAUGAUCCAAACGAUGAUUGUUGUUGUGGUGAUCAAACAAUGAAUGCUGAGAAAGAUAUUUGCUGCAAGGAUAGUGUACAAAAACUGGUGGGUGGCGAAUUUACGUCAUGCUGUGGUGCAGCAAGUUUUGACACCAGGUCACAGGUAUGUUGUGAUGGAAAUAUAAGAAAGAAAAAGGCCGAAAAUGAUGAUGGCUGCUGUGGAAAGACAACAAUUGAUGCAAAAUCUGAACUUUGUUGUGAAGGCAAACCACAACCUAUGGUAGGAGGAGUAGAGUAUUCUGAUUGUUGCGGUGACAAGAGUUAUGACACACGAAAAACAAUGUGCUGUGACAAGAAAAUGAGACCAAAGAGAAACGAAGGUGAUAACUGUUGUUGUGGUGAUACAACCAUUAACACAAGAAAAGAAGUAUGUUGUAAUGGAAAACCAGCAGAAGCAGUGGCAGGGAAAGAAACACAAUGCUGCGGCGCAGAAGGCUUUAACCCAUCAAAAGAGAUCUGUUGUGACGGUGAUAGUCUCAGAAAGAAAUCUAACCCUAGUGACAACUGCUGUUGUGGUAAAUCAACCUUUAACACUAAAUCUGAAAUUUGUUGCGAUGGCGUACCACAAGAACGCAAGGGAGGAAAGAAUUCCAAGUGUUGUGGAACGAUGAGUUACAAUCCUGAUUCAGAAUUCUGCGACGUUGAUCGUCUUUUAACCAAGAGAAAUAAAAAUGACGAUUGCGCUUGUGGUAACACCACAAUGAAUACAAAGACAGAAGUUUGCUGUCAAGGGAAACCCCAGCCAAAAUAUGGAGAUUCGACAGAUUGCUGCGAAGAUAAGAGCUACAAUAGAGACACUCAGGUAUGCUGUGAGAAGAAAGUCAGAGAGAAGAGGAACAAAAAGGACGAUUCCUGUUGUGGAAAGACUACAUUUGACACCGAUACGGAGGUCUGUUGUAAUGGAAUGCCACAAGACAAAAGAGGAUCGUUUACAAGGUGUUGCGGAAAGAUGAGCUAUGAUCCAAGAAAAGAAAUGUGUUGUGACGGUAAAUUACGACUAAAGGCUAAUGCUGAUGAUGAUUGUUGUUGUGGAAAUACAACGAUGAACACACGGUCUCAGGUUUGCUGUAAUGGUGAACCACAGAGAUCAUUUGGACCUGAAACAAGAUGUUGUGGCAAAACUAGUUACAACUCAAAAACACAGAUUUGCUGCGACAUGGUAAUAGUGAAGAAAUCUAAUAAUGACGAUAACUGCUGCUGUGGCAAAGAUGAAACAUUCAAUACAAAAACACAAGUAUGUUGUCAAGGGCAGUACCCUCAGCCUGCAGUAGCAGGUGAUAAUACGGAAUGUUGCGGUAAAAAGAGUUUCGAUCCACGGGAACAGCUUUGUAAUGAAGGAAAACUUAUGGAUAAGAAAGAUCCGGCGGAUGAUGGAGUAUGUGGAAAAACAACAAUCAACCUUGCUAAACAGAUCUGUUGCGACGGAAACCCAAGACAGUCAUUUGGCGAGAAGUCUUCUUGUUGUGGCGAUCAGAGCUUUGAUACUGACACGCAAGUAUGUUGCGAUGAGAAGGUUAGAGACAAGAAAUCUAAAAAAGACGAUUGUUGUUGUGGUAAGACAACAAUGGAUGCUCAAUCUGAAAUAUGCUGCGACGGUUCUCCACAGCGGCUCGUCGGUGAUGAUUUCACCGAUUGUUGUGGUAACAUGAGUUAUGAUACCAGAAAGUUUGCUUGCUGUGAAGGCGCUCUGGUUGAAAAACGCAAAAGCAGCAAUAACAGGUGUUGCGGUGAAACAACAAUGGAUUCUGAAACAGAAGUUUGCUGUGAAGGGGUCCCGCAAGAUGCCGUUGCAGGUGCAGAGACAAUGUGUUGUGAUGACAAAAGCUAUGAUCCGAGUAAAAUGUUCUGUAUGGAAGAUGGAUCGCUAAGAAAGAAACGAAACCCAGGUGACAACUGGUAUUGUGGUAAAACAACAAUGAACACGAAUACUGAAAUAUGCUGUUUAGGGAUACCCCAAGAAAAGAAAGGUGGGGAAAACGCAAAAUGCUGCGGAAAUGAUAGUUACAAUUCAAAAACACAAGUUUGCUGCGAUGAUAAGAUUAGAGAUAAGACAAAUCCAGACGAUGACGGAUGUUGUGGCAAAACAACAAUAUCUUCCACAAAAGAAAUUUGUUGUUUGGAAACUACACAACCUGGAGGACAGUUCAUGACCUGUUGCAGAGAUAAGAGUUUCGACACAAGAAAGUCUCUAUGCUGUGACGGUAAACCAAGGGAUAAAAAAGAUAAUUCAGAUAAUUGUUGUUGUGGCAACACAACGUAUAAUACUAACAAAGAAAUUUGCUGUAUGGGAGUGCCUCAGCCACUUCAAGGAAAGAACAAAGAGUUAACAAAAUGUUGCCUAUCUGAAAGCUAUGAUUCAGCUACAGAAAUAUGCUGUAGUGGUAAAAUAGUAAAGAAAAAGAAGUCUAGUGAUAACUGGUGUUGCGACAUGAAGCCAUACGAUACAAGCUCUGAAGUAUGUUGUGCAGGCGAAUCCGUUGAUAAAUCAUACGGGACAAACACUCAAUGUUGCGGAAGGAAUUCAUUUGAUGUUUCAUUACAGGUAUGCUGCGCCGGCAAAAUUCGAGAUAAGGCAAACAAAAACGAUGAUUGGUGCUGUGGUAAGACAACAUUCAAUUCAGGCUCACAAAUUUGUUGUGAUGGCAUGACACCUCAACCAUCUUAUGGUAAAAAUACGGAAUGCUGCAGCGGAAAGAGUUUUGAUCCGUCGAAACAUGUUUGUUGUCAGGGUAAACUUGUAGAAAAGACGAACAAAAAUGAUGACUGCUGUUGUGGCAACAAUACAAUUGAUUCUAAAACACAAAUCUGUUGCGAAAAUACACCGCAGCCGGUUGUUGGCGAUUUCGAAUACACAUCUUGUUGCGAUAAAGUCAGUUUUGAUACGCGAAAGUCACACUGCUGUGAUGGAAAAGUCACCAAAAAGAGAGACAAAGAUGAUGAUUGCUGUUGCGGAACCUCUACUUAUAAUGCCAGAACGCAGAUUUGUUGUGAAGGAAAUGCACAAGACCUUGUUGGAAAAGAAUUUACAAAAUGCUGUGGAGGAAAGAGUUACGAUUCUAGCAAAUUCUUAUGCCAGGAUGGUGAAAUAAGGAAAAUGGCUAAUGCUGGAGACAAUAUGUUUUGUGGAAAGACUACUAUCAACACAAAUAAACAACUUUGUUGUAAUGGCAACCCUGCUGAUUUAUAUAACGGACCAACGUUGUGUUGCGGUAAACAGAGUUAUGCUACUAAUAAUCAGGUGUGUUGUAGCGAUACGCAAAUAUAUAACAAAACAAGCAAGGACGAUAACUGGUGCUGUGGUAAAGACAAAACAUUCAAUACACAAAAUGAGUUAUGCUGCAAUGGUGUACCUCAGCCAGCAGUUGGUGGUAGCUUUUCUGAUUGUUGCGGUGAAGUAAGUUAUGAUACAAGAAAACAGCUUUGUUCGGAUAACAAAUUGUACGACAAAAGAAAUAGAGACGACGACUGCCGAUGUGGCAAGACGACUUACAAUACAGCGACAGAAAUGUGUUGUGACGGUGUUCCCAGUAAACCAAAGGGUGACAUCAAAUACGGUUCUUGUUGUGGAAAAAAGAGCUACAAUACUCAGCUUGAGGUUUGCUGUGGCGAUGAAGUCCGAACGAAGGACAGUGACAAUGAUGACAGUUGCUGUGGAAAAGGAACUUUCGAUACAAGGAAAGAAAUAUGCUGUGACAACGUUCCACAACCAAGAACAGGGGGCGACAUGACCAUGUGCUGCUUGAAGAAAAGCUUUAACCCAGAAAAGGAAAUAUGCUGCAAAAGCGAUGUUAGGAAGAAACAAAGCAAUGAUGAUAACUGUUGUUGUGGAGAUUCCACUUUCAACACUAAGACAGAAAUUUGCUGCAACGACAAACCGCAACCCAGGAAGGGAGAUAAUACGAAGUGCUGUGACACGGUCAGCUACGACGCUGAUAAAUUCAUUUGUUCCGAGGAUAAUAAAUUAGUACCUAAAGCUAAUCCUGGAGAUGACUGGAUAUGUGGUAAAACAACAUUUAAUACGAAGAAGCAAGUUUGUUGCCAGGGUAAUCCUCAACCGUUGUAUAAGGGCAAUACAAAAUGUUGCGGCUCAGUUAGUUAUGAUGAGGACGAGAGUGUUUGCUGUGAAAAUACAGUUGUGAAAAAAUCCAAAAAGACGGACAAUGCUUGUUGUGGAAAGAAACCUUUGAAUCCCGAAUUACAGAUAUGUUGCCAAGGUGAAGUAAGGGACAGAACUGGUGGAGCAGGCUCCAUGUGUUGUGGGGACAAGUCGUUCAACCCUAACAGUGAAGUGUGCUGCGAUGAUCUCAGAAUUAUAGGAAAGGCCAAUAAAGAUGACAACUGCUGCUGCGGAAAUAUGACCUUCAACACAGCAAAGGAUGUUUGUUGUGGUGGAAUCGCAAGUAAAGCCGAGACGAAGGAUCUUAAAGACACCAAAUGUUGUGGAACUAAAGCUUACAGCGUUGAGAAGAAUAUUUGUUGCGAAGGAAAACUGCGGGAUGCUGUCGGAGGAGUGAAAAAUACCCGAUGCUGUAAAGAUCAAGCUUAUGACAUCACACAAAUGGUGUGCUGUGGCGGAAAACUACGAAAGAAGGAUAAGCCGGGAGACAUGUGGUGUUGUGGAAACGGCACAUACAAUCCUGCCACAGAAAUUUGUUGUCCGUUUAGCCCCAUGGAUGUUGCACAGCCUUUGAAGGGCAAGAAUACACGUUGUUGUGCCGGCCAUAGCUACGACGGUACAAUGGACAUUUGCUGCGAUGGCGUUGUUCAACAUGCUUGGUUAGGAACUAAAACUCGAUGCUGUGGCAAACGAAGCUACAAUCCAGAAAGAGGUCUAUGCUGCAACAACACUGUUGUUGAGAAGACACUACCUUGGGAUGAUUGUUGUUGUUGUGGAAAGACGUUCUUCAGUGCUAAACAAAUUUGUUGCAACUGUGAAGUUCAAGGCAAAUGCGGUGGCGAUGGAUCUAAAUGUUGUGGUAAGGAGAGUUAUGAUCCGGAACUCAACAUGUGCUGUGGUGGUAAUGUUAGACCGAAAACAUAUGGUGAAGAAAGCUACUGUUGCGGCGAAUACAUUUACACGCCGAAACUGGCUUUAUGCUGCGGAAAUUACGUAAAAUGGAAACUAGGCAGAAUACCAUGGUAAUCUAAAUGGAAGUAAUGUAGCAGCACUCUGGUCAAAGCAUUAAUCACUGUUACCUUUAAUCUAUAAUAUAUUCAAAACAGUUAGUCAUAUAUUCCAUUGCUUUUGUCAUGUAUGCUAAAUGUGUAAGGAUCAAACAUGUUUUAGUUUUAUUUCACGAAAUUCACGCGGGAAUCUUGUCCCAUGUGUGAUAAUACUGCAUAGUCAACGCACAAUUUGCUUUUCACAAUGUAGUGCAGUGAAAGCAACAGGGUUUCAUAGGGUAUAGUCGUAUUGACUUAUUAACCAUUUCUCUCUAUAAUCAAUAAAUCUGUGUAUUUGAGAUCGUUUAUAGCUGUGUAAUUGAAUCUAAAUCAUUUAUGAAAACAUACACAUAUGUCAUGUUAACACAUUUUGCUAUAUACCGGUAUUUUACAAUAAAAUUAGCUUCUUAUCUUUCAUUACAUUGCGUUUUAUAAGCAUAUGAACCGUCAUAUAUUGUUCCAGUUAACGAAAGUUAACGAAAAUAUCGGUAUAUUUAGUUUUCCAAGGCGGUUACCAUACAGAUAUCGAUCGACAUAUGUUCAAACUGCAGACAGUGGACCCGUUAUGACACUAGGCAUAUUUCGUUUCGUAUGCGAUAUUCGGCAUCCUUUCGUCGUUUCGGGAAAAAAGUUUCUGUUAUGACCGAUAGAUGCCGAAGGAUGCCGAAAUAGCAUAAACAGAUACGUAACCGUACGGAAAUUACCGAUUGUCAUCACGUGUCCACUAUCUUCUGUCGAUGUAACGAUUAAUACAAUUGUUAAAUCUUUUAACACAUUGCUUAUCAAGUAUAACAUGAUUUUAUUUGCUGAAAUAUCUAGUUUUCAUCAAUGUUAUCAUAUGUUCUCUGCAGAAUUAAUUGCAUGUUUACCCAUUGAUGUCGAAACGGUUUCAUUUAUAUAACGCAUUGUUAAUUACAUAUAUCUAACCUCAAACUGUUGUAUAUUAUUUUCAAAAAUCCAUUUUUGUCAUGAUCAUUUUCAUUCUAAUGAUGUGUGUACAUCAAAAUUAUUGUCAAAUUUAAUACCAUUGUAAGUCAUUAUUUAUUCGCACCACAUUCAUACAUAUAUAAAUAAAGAAUAGGAAAUCAAAUUUUUAAAGAUUCUGUUUGAGUUUCAAAUCUUUAAUUACACUCUGUUAUAUAUAAAAUGUUUAACCUGAUUUUGAGGCAUCUAACAAAGAAAAAAAAAACUGUUUACACGUAUAUUUAUGUGGUUGUACACGUGAGGCACGCAGCAUAACUUCUUGUUGUUACUUAUACAGACUCUUUCAAAUAUUAUUUUAACAAAGGCAACUUUUACAAAAUACAUGCACAUCUUUCAUCUGAUUUCGAAACGUUUUUUUUUUUUCACUGGAGUGAAUGUUGUUUUAUCAAGAUCAGUUUUUAUUAUCUACCUCGCAGGAGUAAUAGUUUUAAGGUUUUAAUGCAUACGAGUACGUGCAGCUCGUUCUCAAACUAGUUUUUCCAGCCGUCUUAUUAACUGUUUAUAGCGUUACUAAGCGACGGAAUUAUAUCUUAAGAUGGCUAAUUUCCCAAGAUUCUACAAAAAUUGUGCAAGUUAAAUUGUAAUAGAAAAUCUUUUUUUUUUCCUAAUGCAUUUAACAAUAUAUUGUAUUGUAAAAAUUACAUCCGGGUUCAUUUCACUUGUCUUAUCAUCUGCAUACACUUUAAGUCACGUGAUACAAAGGUCAUGUUUAUUCAUACUAUGUUAUAAUAUGUAUGAGAUUUUUGGAAAUUGAAUUAUAAAUAUUACGGUUAUAAGUACAACAUUCUAUUGUAAGCACACACGUAUUCAGUUCAACCAGGAAAUAAUACAUUUUCGCCAAUAUAUUAUAUAUGUUGGGCAAACUGCGGGAUAUGGAAUGGACUUUAUUAAACUGUUUAGAAUUUUUUAUAAAAAAAAAUAUGAAUGUAAAGAAUCACCAGAAAUAGUAUAUUAAAUCCAUGUGCUGCAUAGAACUGUAUUUGGUUGUUGAGGGAUUUCUUUCUGUAAAUAUCGUGGGUAGCAACAUUACAUUUGGAGAAAUAAAAUGAAAUAAAUAUGUA